UCUUUACCACUUCCCCUCCCACAGUCCUUUGCGGUGCCCUUGACUGUCAUGGCGUCCCAGGGUAACUUACUGAAUGAGAGGGUGGCCAAGCUGGUGAGCCGGCGGUACGGGAAGCCUGUGCUGAAGCCCCGGCAGCCGCUGGCACUUGCUGACACGGUGGCUAACCGGAGGUAUAAGGUUGGAGAGGCAACCUGCAUAAGUGAAAUGUCCAUAUUAAUGGCCUGCUGGAAAGAGAAUGCCUUCAGUGACACAGCAUGUGCGGAGCCAGUAAAGGUUUUCUAUGAGUGUAUUGCCAGAGAACAGAAAGCUCGGAAAUUAGGUGCCAAAGAAGAAAAACCUGCAGGCUGGAUGCCACCACAGCAAGUCAACAAAUUGCUUAGAAAAUUUCCAAACAUUAAUCAUGAGGUCUGAAAGUAUAAAGGUUGGGUUAAGAGACUGAUCGCAGACAUUGAGCAAUAGCCAAAGUGAACAUCUUACAUUGUCUAUUAGAGGAGAAGUUAACUAACUUAAGAAGAUAUUGACAGCAGCCACUCAUAUAAAAGCCUACGUUUUUGGGAGGCUUUUGGUGUUUCUUUGUGGAACAUUUGGUGCAUACAAGUGCACCUUUUCCUUGUAAUAUUAACAAAAAUACUGAUGUUCCAUGUGAAUGAGUAGAGAUCUAUUUAUACUAUGAUUAUUGUAUGUUAAUGGUCAAAGAAUUACUUAGGAUUUUUUUUAAAUAAACAAGGCUUACAGUAAAGUCUUGAUGUAAAGAAGUGAAGCAUUUCUAUGCACACAACAUUUGGAAAUUUAUGUAAAUGUUGUUAAUAAAUUCUUACUUUAGUAAUGGGUGGCAAGUUUAUUUUUGUUUUUCUUUCUUCAUAUUAAAGGGGUAUUCUGGACAAAAACCUUUUAUCCCCUAUCCAAAGGAUAGGGGAUAAGAUGCGUGAUCGGGGCGGGCACGCCGCUGGGACCCCCCACAAUCUCCCUGCAGCACCCGGAUUCUAUGCAGGAGCUGCGUCUCCAGUUUCGGAAACCUCCAUUACGCCCCCUCCCAUAGACAUGAAUGGAGGGGGUGUGGUGUGAUGUCAUGUCCCCAUUCCCGGAAGUUUCCGAAACUAAAGAUGCAGCUCCCGCAUAGAAUGCGGGCUGCUGCAGGGAGAUCGCAGGGGGGUCCCAGUGGCGGGCAUCCUGCGAUCAGACAUCUUAUCCCCUAUCCUUUUGGAUAGGGGAUAAAAUGUUUUUGCCCGGAAUACCCCUUUAAUCACUUGCUGCCGCAGUCACCAUUUUGGCCUUCAUAAGACUGAUUAUUUUCUCUUAAUUUCUUCAGCACAUGCCUUCCAAGAGUCAUGGGUAGGUUUUUUUUCCUUUCAACUUAUACGUCCUUUGGAUUAAAUUUAACUUGCUGAUCUUAUAUGCAUUCCCCCCCCCCCC